AUGGCGACGUUUGAGCCCUACACCCAAACUCACCCUUACCGACUGCCCAAUUUUAACCCGCUCACGCAGCAAUUCAAUCUGAGCUAUCCCGAUGGUAGCCCCCUCACGAUCACAGUCCCUGACGUGGACACCUUUAUCCAAUACAACAUCCGCAUCUGCAUCAACUAUGGGACGCAAUUCGGUGCAUCGAUCGUGCUCCUCGUGAUCUUACUGCUGCUGACUCGACGAGAGAAACGCGCGUCUUUGGUCUUCCUGUUCAACUCGGCGGCUCUUUUGUUCAACAUCGUGCGGCUCCUCCUGCAGCUCGUUCACUUUACGACCGGGUUCGAAAAGUUCUACCCCUACUUCUCUCUGGACUAUGCCUCGGUGCCAAGCAGUGCAUAUGCCAUCUCCAUCACGGGCAGCGUCUUUGAAUCUCUGGUGGUGGCAUGUAUCGAAGCCUCGCUGGUGAUUCAAGUGCACGUCGUCUGCGCCACCGUUCGCCGUCAAUAUCGCUGGCCCUUGCUGGCGCUGUCCUGCACCGUCGCCGUACUCACCAUCGCAUUUCGACUCGCAUGGAUGGUCGAGAAUUGCAUCGCAAUCAUCCAGGUCUCGUACAUGAACACCAUCUGGUGGCUGGAGAGCGCCUGCAACAUCGUCAUCACCAUCAGCGUCUGCUUCUUCUGCGCCGUCUUUGUCACCAAGUUGGGCUUUGCUCUACGCCAACGCCGCCGUCUAGGGGUGCGCGAUUUCGGCCCUAUGAAGAUCAUCUUUGUCUGUGGCUGUCAGACGCUGACCAUUCCGGCCGUCUUCUCCAUCACGCAGUACUUUGUCGUCUUCCCCGAGCUCUCCUCCAAUCUCAUCACUCUGGUGGCCAUCUCGCUGCCCCUGUCAUCCAUCUGGGCCGGCGCCAAUCUCGACCAGGGCGUUCACCACGAGACCCAACCUUUGCAUCGUCGGAACCUCUGGCGCGGUCUCGCUUUCGGCAUCGACAGCACCACAUUGAACAACACGGCCACAACGGGGAAGAAGAUGACGGAAAUGACCGACAGUACUGCGGCCCAGACGCUGUGUUACUCGGAUCAGCCGAUGAGCAUGCUGAGCAAGUCGUCGCGUGAUUCUCUGGACCCCCACGGCAUCUGUGUCGAGCAUGAUAUCUCGGUCGAGACUGAACGACGAAAGCGGUCUAUUGUCUAA